AUGUACAUUCCACAGAAACGUGGUGAAGCCCAGAGGAAGAACAUCAUCUUCAUUAUUUGUGCAGUAUCCAUCAUAUUCACUAUCGCAGUAUUAGUCGGCGGUUACUUUCUCGCCCGUUAUCUCAGACAACGAUAUUACGAACCAAAAUAUCUCCCGGGCAAAUACCUCAAGCAAAAAUGGAAGAAAUGGUGUCCAGGAAGUGCUUCAUAUGGGCAUGUUCCUCGGCAAACAGGAAAUGUCCAAGACACCUCUUAUCGCGGAGCGGGCGGAACACCAGAAAUGCAAACAAAUGAGGGUGUACACCGAGAAACCUCCAUCCGUUCGAUCAUGACACUACCACCCUACUCUUCCAGUCCAAAGCCGACCGAGCAAAUCAUCGCCCGAGAGGGUGAACGUGGCGGAAUGGACAUGGUCGUCGAAUACCCCGAGACAGCGGAAGAGCAAGAAACCCGACGAGAAGAACAAAUGGACUCAUUAUACCAGCUCCGCCUGCAGCGCCGACAAGAGCUGGCCGAUCGCGAAGCCCGCCGUCGCGAGCGACGCGAAGCCCGAGACCGAGGCGAUACCGCCCGCCUCGAGCGUCUGAAUGCCGAAACUCGCGCCCGCGCGCAACGUCGGCGUGCCGGGACUAACAGCGCAGUCGAUCUAUCGACAGCAGUGGCCGACCAGCAAGCACGAGAGCGGGAGCGACGAAUUUCCAGCGUUAGCUAUGCCGAACUCGGUCAUGUCCGCCACGACGGUUCUCGGCUUCGCGCAGAUUCCCAUAAUUCCGAAUCACACGACUCCGACCGCCGUCCGCUGCUGCAGAAUGACGCGGCCAGUUCAUUCGCGCCGUCCAGUUUCAACUCUCAAAACCAGUCUGUCGCGUCGUCCAUCAUGAGCGAGCUAGAUCCUUUAGCCCAGUCCACGACGCACGGCUCAAGUCGACCAGUAUCGCAAUCCGACGAGGGCGAUUUGGGCACUUUCGAUAUUCCUCCGCCCCCGGAGUACGAUCACUUGGACUGGGGCGAUGCACCGGCAUACCAAAGUCCAGUGCUCGAGCAGACGGAAUUCAACCAGCUGCCGGCUAUCAACCGCUUGCCUUCAAUCCACGUCAACUUGCCGAGUCCCAAUCCUGCUUCGCCUGUCACUCCCACCCAGUCACACUUUCCAAGUAUCCAUGAAAGUCCUUCGACGCCGAGGGGCGUCAGGAUAGUGUCGACGGAUUCAACAACUACAACCACCCCAACAAGGGCCACUUAA